UGCGUUGAGUGUGAAAUUUACGGGUAGCGGGCAGCUCCACAGUAAUACUCCCGCACAGAAGGCCGCACUUGAGAGUGAGUCUUCUCUCUCCCCUAUUUUAUCUCCCCCAGUCUCUGCGUGUCUUUGAGUCUUCGCGAUCGAGAUCGGACGGUCCAGAAUGAAAGGGGCUUUUGAUGCUGGUUUCUUCAGGUUUUAGUCCGGAAUUCCUCAGAUCUGCUUCGGUUCGUGUUCAGAUCUCAAUCCCAGAUUACCAGGUAAGGUUUUUCCUCUUCAAUUCUUCUGUUCUCCUCUACAACUGUGAAGGUUCUCCUUUACGAGACAUCUGGUCCGUACAUAUGGAAUCUAACCAAGGUCCGGUUCGGACAACUUUCGACCAUGGUUCACUAACGUACGCAGGGGAGAGACUAGCCACUUUGCUAACCUGCGCUCUGCUCAAAACCCACCUCUCCGCUCUGGAUCUUUUUGGGUUGUUAAUGACUCACAAACCCCAAUUGCAAGGGGAUGACAAAGAAAGUCAAUCAGAGCUAGUUGAUGCUGAGGGAGAUGGAGAUGAAGAUGAGGAUGAUGAAGAUGGGGAUGGUGGCUUUGGAGAAGGUGAAGAGGAUUUGUCUUCAGAAGAUGGAGGGGGAUAUGGGAACAAUCCCAACAGCAACAACGGUAACGCUAAGAAAGGAACUGAAGGAGGAGCAAGUGGAGCAGGAGAGGAGAACGGCGAGGACGAAGACGAAGAGGAAGAAGAAGAUGGCGAUGAUCAUGAGGAUGAUGACGACGAUGAUGAUGAUGACGACGAUGACGGUGGAGAUGAGGACGAGGAAGAAGUACUGGAGGAAGAGGAGGACCCAGAGAAUGAGGAGGAAGAGGAAGAUGAAGAAGAGGAAGCCCUUCAACCCCCAAAGAAGAGGAAGAAGUGAACAAUGAAAGUAGAGUUACUGUAGCCUCUUUUGAUAUCGACUGUGUGACUUUACUCUCUAAUCUCUCUACCUUGUUUCAUCCUAUUUAGCUUUAAGGAGGAAAAGGCCUGUAAGGCCAUGUUUAGGGUGGUUUAUUUUUAGGUAAUUAUGUUCUUUUUUUAUGUGUCUUUAAGAACAUUCAGAACCUGAGACAAGGCAAUGAGCUGAUUGAGCUUAUAUGAA